GCGAGUCGGUGGAAAAUGACCGGAGGGAGGCUCUUAUCUGGGGGGUGAAAAUUUAACAUUUACCAGCAUGAAUUACGUUUUGUUUUUUAUUAAAAACACAUUUUUCUCUUUUAUGAACUUUUAACCUUCCAGCUCCGGAGGACAUUUGGUGACAUUGGAGUACUUUUGAGGCAUUUUAACACUGUUUUUGUUUAGUGAUAGCGAUAAUCACCGUUAGGUCAGGAUGCCGCGAGACAACAAGACUCCUCUGAUACAGAAAAUAGCCAAGCAAGCUUUCACCACCUUUAAAGACUUAAAGGCGUCAAACAACGGGGAUAAUAAACUCGUCGAGGACCAACACAGUGAACUAAUCUCACUGGUGACCGCGGUCAGAGCUGCUGACCUGAAGAUAGCUUCCCGGAAACCCGCACCGGGCUCCGCAGCAGCAGCAGCAGCAGCUCCGGUCGCCUACAUGCACAUCUGCGAGACGGAGGUGUUCAGCAUGGGAGUGUUCCUGCUGGGGACCGGAGCCUCCAUCCCGCUGCACGACCACCCGGGCAUGAACGGGAUGCUCAAGGUUCUCUACGGGAAGGUGAGCGUCCGCUGUUUUGACAAGCAGGAGGACAACCUGACCGCCCCGCCUCAAUUCGAGCCCCAGUUGGCUCCGUUCCAGACGGCCUCCCUGCGGCGCUCCGUGCUCCGCUCGGUCACCGAGUACUCGGAGGACGACGGGCUGUGCCUCCUCACUCCUCUGCGGGAUAACCUCCACCAGAUCGACGCGGUGGAGGGACCGGCCGCUUUCCUGGAUAUCCUGGCGCCCCCGUACAAUCCAGACGACGAGCGGGACUGUCAUUAUUACAAAAUCCUGCAAACUGUGGCGGAGGGGGAAACGGGUGAAAAGGGCAACGAGGAGCAGCAGGGAGAGGAGAAGGAGAAAGAGGAGGAGGAGGCAUGGCUGCUAGAAAUCCCUCAGCCGGAGGACUUCUGGUGCGGUGGGGAACCCUACCCGGGUCCUGCAGUCUCUUUCUGAAAACCUCUGAUCAGAGGAACUAUACUGCAGCAUAUGACAGUGAGAAUACAGUGAUAUCCAUCCAUCUACAAGGGGAGACUUAGUGAUACCCUGCUCCACAGGGAGGUCAAACACGAGGGUCAUCAUUACCUGGAACUCAAAAGGGAUUGUGUGCCUUGCUCAGGGAUGCUACAGCAAGGCAGAGAACCCUCCAACAGAAUAAGGACCACUGAACUGCCUUCCACAAAUCGACAAAAGAGUUGACACAAGGAAUUCACAUUCCUAAUAUGGUAUUUUUUUCUUUGGACCAUUAUAUUGCCUUGUACACACAUGAAUGUCAUUAGCCAAACGUUCUGUGAAUGCUGGGGUCUCAUUAGGAUCUCUAGUCUUCAGUGAGGCCUUGAAAACCUUUUUACACAUCUAUUCUUUCACUGUGCUGCAGAGAACUUCCACAUUGUGACGUGUCUUAAUGCCAAAGCCUGUAACUCAAGACGUACCUGCCUUAUUUGUGAAUAUGGAACGUAUACUUAUUAUUAUUAAGAGUGCCACUUCUAUUGUACACGCUCAUUUCUUCUUCCAAAGUGCACACACUACAUAUAUAUAUAUAUAUAUAUACUUUAUUUUAUGUGCUUAACUUAUUCCAGAUAACAUGGUUCCUAAACACACAGGUCUGACUGGUUAAAGCUACUGCGAGGAACUUAAUUUAAUAUACUCAAUUUAAUACUUCUGCCUCUAUGUGACCAACAUAAGUUAACAAGACCAUCAGUGAAAAGGUUGGACCCAAUUCAAUUCAAUUUAUUUUUAUAUAGCGUCAAAUCAUAACAGAAGUUAUCUCGAGACGCUUUAUAUAUAGAGCAGGUCUUAGACCGUACACCAUAGUUUAGAGACCCAACAAGAGAUCCCACCAAGCGCGCCGUUGGCCAGGAAAAACUCCCCGUUUAGCGGGAAGAAACCUGGAGCAGAACCCAGCUGCAUUCGAACUGCAGUCGAACGCUCCACGGGAGGCUGGAGAGCCAACACCGUCACCACGCUGAUGGAGGCCCAGGCUGUAUUGCUGGGCCCGCUGGAGGGAAAGGAGGCAGAGGACUACUUCCACUUUAGUUUUUAUUGGUGCUUUUCAAGGUUAUACACAUAUCAACAACACGAUGGGCAUGUACACAUUCAGACCCACAAACAAAGGAAACAACACAAACAGGACUCAUGUUUGGGAGUUACACUUCGAUCAUUCCAUACAUUCUCAUGUCAUUUCCAACUCAAUCAGUUGUCCUUUCUGCCUUCUUUGUCGCUGUUUUGGUUUUUAAAUAAUGUCCAUUUCUCCCAUUUGUCUUCCAUCUGUGUUUCUCGCAGUCUUAACCGAUGUGUCAGUUUCUCCAUUAUGUAUAUCUCCUCUACUACCCCUAUCCACUGCUCGUGUGUAGGGGGAUCCACACUGAAUUGGUGGAUGUUUGAUGCAUUUUCCACACGUUUCCCCAAUCCUCAUCUGAAAUGUUUGUGUUAAACUCUGACUCCCAUCUCUCUUUUUAUUAUAUUUAGUUGAAUGUUUGCUUGCCGUCAGUUUCUGAUAUAGUGUUGAUGUGAUUCUAAUUUUUGUUCCUUUGUAUGAACUGAUUAUAAUCUGAAUCACACCAUUCACUUCCACGGAGGGAUCCCUUUUUAUCUCCUUCUUAUAAUAGUCCCUUAGUUGCAUUUAUCUAUAAAACUCCCGCUUAUCUAAAUCAUAUUCAUCUUUUAUAUUCUGGAAACUCUCCAGCUCCCCAUCUUUCUCUAAAGUGCACCAUGCUGUGACUCCCUUGUUUACCCACUGUUUGAAUGCUUUAUCAUAUCCAGCUGGAUUAAAAUUACUAUCAAAUGCCA